CGUUGCUUCGGUUUGAAAAUAUAUCUGCGCCGGUUGUAAUAAUUCAUAUGCAACGCAGUCCGGCGUGAAAUGAAUCGACAAGCAUCUGUUUCUAGUUAGAUAAAGUCACACGUGUGUCUCCAUUCGGUUCCUGUGAGCCGCCCCUGUGACGAGGUGACCGCACCCAGAGGAGAAGUUGACUCACACCCACCAAACCCGUAAACCGACACCAGCCGAGCCGAGCAGUCCGGACCCGGACUGAGACCACGAACACCCGCCGCAGGUUCUCCGCCCGAAGCUAACGGAGCUAGCAGAAGUUACGGUCACCAUGGCGGGCUGUCUGAGGGUCGCUGUUCUCCUUCUACUGGUUACUGGAACUUUAACGGACGACGGGUUCAACCUCUUUGAUGCUUUGGACGAUCCAGAUCCUCAACCCAAACCUGAUAAACCUGCUGUGAAGCCACCAAGCAGUGGAGGUGGGUUGGACCUUAUCGAUUUCUUUGGACCAGGUGGGCUGGACCUUCUCGACGCCUUUGGACCAGAUCCGACUGUAAACCCCCCCAAGAAACCAUGCUCACGAUACUCUGGUGGACGGACCUUUAGUGACUCCGACUUAUUGGACGUCAUUGGUGGAGACUACAAGCCCGAGGAAGGUGGAGGCUACCAGGGAGGUUUGUUGGAGAAACUUAACACCAUCAUCAAGAAUCAGAACCAGCAGCUCCGUCUGCUCAAACAGCUGACUCCAUCUUCUCGCUUCAAUGACCGGCGUACACGUUAAGCGUGUAGACACAGGACGACCUCUAUGUGAGGAAGACCUCCCUCAGUGCGCCUAAACUCCUCAAUGCUUUUUACUCAUCACUACACGGUUAUAUAACUACUGAUGCCACUUCUCUUUUAUAUUAGUACAUUCAAAAUGGAUCUGCUAAUUAGUAGAAUAGAUUAUAUCUGGUAAAAUGAUUAUGACAAUCCCUAUAAUUCUUUGAAACCGCAAUGUAAUAUUUCAGAAUUAUUUCAGCAGUAUCACAUUUUCUUUAGCCUAUCAUUCCCAUCAGCCCGUUGUAGGAAUAAGACAUUUUUAUUAUCACAUAACUAAUUUCUUCCUUUUAGAUAACCCACACACAAUAAUAUUGUGUAAACCUAAAACGGCCUUUAUAAUGGUAUAUGUACCCUGUAAAAUGUAAAUAAAUAUUACAUAUAUAUUUAUUAGUUAUUAUUAAGUGGCCAUAUUGACGCAGUUCUUAAUGAAGAUAAUUUUUUUCCUAAAAAGGACUGUACAAAAGAAAAAAUAUUUUCACAACACAACAACAUUCAAAGAAUGAUCCUUUUUAAAUUGAAAUGAUUGCCUAAUUUUAUUUUUUCAAUGUUGAAUACCUAGCCCAACAUACCAGGUGUACUGGGGUUGAAAAAAACGUGGUUUCUUUAAUGAAUUCACAGAAAACUAAAUAAAAAGGUGAAUUUA